AUGCAAAUCGUCUGGCGAAACUCUACCGACGAUGGUGCCUAUGAAGACGCUCGUAUCGGGCGCGUCUUUAACUAUCGUCGGCCGCAGAGGUUUCCAUUGGCCGUCGUUAUAGCCACAUGCCAAGAUGACAUUGUUGCUGCGGUCAAACUGGCAGCUGAGAAAAAUUGUCGAGUCGCUGUUCGAUCUGGUGGACACUCAUGGGCGGCGUGGAGUGUCCGGGAUAAUUCAAUCUUGAUUGACCUGGGGAACUACAAGGUCCUAGAAGUAGAUGGGCCUAAUCAGCGGGCAAUCGCUUCCCCAAGUACAACUGGGAGAGAACUCAACUCUGUUUUGACUCAACAAUAUGGAUUGAUGUUUCCUGGGGGCCAUUGUCCCGACGUGGGUCUAGGAGGAUUUUUGCUUCAAGGAGGCAUGGGGUGGAACUGCCGUACCUGGGGAUGGGCCUGUGAGCGAGUGGCAGCUGUUGAUGUAGUAACAGCGGAAGGUGAACUGCUCCAUUGUAAUUCUCAACAGAACCAAGAGCUUUACUGGGCUGCGCGAGGUGCUGGACCAGGGUUUCCCGGAGUGGUUACAAAAUUUCACCUCAAUCUCCUUCCAUAUCCUGAGAAAGGAUUUCGCUCAUCUGGCUAUAUUUAUCCUAUUCGCCUGUAUCGAGAAGCGUUCCAGUGGAUUCUGUCCAUCACGCCUACGUUCGACCAGGACACCGAAAUAGCAGCUGUCGCCCACUAUCCCGAGAACAGUGAGGAAAUUUGCCUCUUCAUUCUCUUUGUCGUAAUGAAGCAUGACCCUAAUGAAGCGGAGAGAGCACUUCGCCCGGCUCACCAGACACGCCCCACUGGAGCUCUCACGGAAUGGUUUUGCGAGGAAGAUAGUCUACAGAAUCAGUACAGCAAGCAAGCAAAUGCUAACCCCGAGAAACAUCGUUACUGCGCGGACAACGCAUAUCUAAUCAAUGAUGCUGAUGUCCCAGCUGUUUUAGAGGAGGCUUUCACGACUCUUCCUCACAAGAAAGCGUUCUCGCUGUGGUACGCGAUGAAUCCCUGCAGUCGGCGAGAAUUGCCGGAUAUGGCCCUCAGUAUGCAAUCUGACCAUUAUUUUGCUUUGUACACGGUUUGGGAAGACGAAGUUGACGAUACCCGGUGUCUUGAGUGGGUUCGAGGUGUUAUGAAAAAUGUCGAACGACAUUCAGUGGGAGCAUAUUUGGGCGAUUCGGAUUUUCAAGUCCGGAAAAGCAAAUACUGGUCUGACCAAAAUGCUCGCCGCCUGAUGGAAAUUCGGAAACGGUGGGAUCCGGAGGGAAGAAUUUGUGGGUAUUUGGACAAGGGAGAUCUGUCCGGCAUCAAGGGACUAGAUAAUAGAUAA